UUGCACUUCGAAGUUCUUUGGUGUUAUCUUUAAAUAAGAUCAGACGGAGAAUGUCUGUCGCACGAUAUUCUGUUUUUGCGCUGCGGCAAAUUAAUGUUCAUUCUAAAGGUACAUCCCAUUUGCUGACAUCAUGUAGAGUGUUACCUACAGUUAGUAUAUAUCCAGCUAGGAACAACAGUUUUUUCAGACAUGAGGACAAUGACAGACUGUGGGCCAGUGUGACUGGCGUAAGUAAUACUGGAAAAAAGAAAGGAAGAGGGAAAAAACAAAGAAGUAUUAUCAACCUCCAUAGAGGUCAAAUAAUAGGAGAAGGAAGAGCUGGUAUGGUAUGGCCAGGUCUGACAUCAGAAACAAAGAGAGGAGAUGAAAUAGUAAAAAGAAGUCAACAUGGACCUAAACAGGAAUACUUUGACAACAUAAUCAAACAGAGAGGUGCUAAACAGACAUUCCGUUCUGUCAAACUACUGCCUCUACAGCGAGGAUGGACGGGAACAACAAGGGCAGGAACUAGGUCAUACCCACCUGAUCCUGUUGGUGAUUAUGAUUUUGAGGGAUUUGAAACCAGAAUUUUACAGUUAAAAAAAGUAACUAAUACAAGUGGAACUGUCAAAGCUGUGUUUAGGUUUUCUGCCAUGGUUGUUGUGGGCAACAAAAAUGGUAUUGGAGGGUAUGCUGUAGCAAAAGCUAAAAAAUGGGAUGCUGCAGUAAGAAAGGCAACUAAUCAAGCAGCUCAAAGAUUACAGUAUCUCCAUAGAUAUGAAGGUCAUACAUUGAAUCACAACUUUUUCUCCCAACAGACAGCAACAAAAGUUUAUGCAUUUAGGAAAGAAGAAGGUUAUGGUUUAGUGUGUCAUCGUUGUUUAAAGACAAUCUGUGAUACAAUAGGAGUUCAUAAUAUGUAUGCUAAAGUUGAAGGGUCAACAAAAAAUAUUCAGAAUUUGACAAAAGCAUUCUUCAAUGGACUUAGAGAACAGGAAACCCAUCAAGAACUAGCUGAUCGGUUAAAGCUUCACGUUGUGGAAAUAAGAAAAGAACAUGAUUAUCUUCCUGUUGUUGUAGCCUCCCCUAGUGAUGGUGAAGUUACAAAAGAACCACCGCCAAAGGAAGAGCUUAAUUUUGAAACAUUGUACUUUGAUGGCAAAAUGUCAUUGCAAAAAGGCAAAAAGAGACCAUUUUAUGCCGAAAAUGAAGGUCAUAAGCGUGCUGAAAGACACAGAAGAAUGUUAAGAAUUCAGCGGAAGGCACGUCACGAAAGAAUGAUAUAUGAACUUGAACCACCAAUAAUGCCCAAAGAAAGUGAAGAUAGUUGAAUGCGUUGUUUAAAAAGUAAAUAAAAAUGUUUUAAUUCCA